AUGCCAGCAUCCGUGAAUAUCCCUCCCAUUGCGUUACCUUUCAUCAGCGACCGUGCCAAGUCUACACUGGGCCUUGCGACGCAAUUCGUAGACGAGGAAUGUAUUCCUGCCCACGAUCCCUUCGAGGCACAGCUAGGACAAGGGGCGUCACGAUGGGAGAAAAAGCCAGCUAUACUGGAGCAGUUGAAGGUCAAGGUCAAGAAGCUUGGUUUGUGGAACAUGUUUCUUGGUCAACAUAACGGAGCUGGAUUUAGUAAUGUGGAGUAUGGGUUGAUGGCGGAGUAUCUUGGGAGAAGUCAUAUUGCCAGCGAGGCAACUAACAACCCAGGACCAGACACUGGCAAUAUGGAGCUCCUAGUGAAGUACGGUACCGAAUCUCAGAAGCGGCGAUGGUUGGAUCCUCUGAUGAAAGGGAAAAUCCGAUCUGCUUUUUUGAUGACCGAACCGGAUAUUGCUUCUAGCGAUGCCCGAAACAUCCGCUGUGAAAUACGUCGAGAUGGGGAGGAGUAUGUCCUUAAUGGCUCGAAAUUGUGGUCCCCCGGUGCCGGGGAUCCAACCUGCGAGCUUUAUAUCUUCAUGGGUAGGAUUGGGGGCAUAUCUUCUGUAAACCAAUAUACUCAGCAUUCGGUGAUUCUGGUCCCCGCAAACGCUCCUGGUAUCACCGUUCAUCGCAUGCUAUCUGUCUUCGGAUAUGAUGAUGCGCCGCACGGACAUGGCCAUAUCACCCUCCACAAUGUCCGACGACUUGGCCCCGGUCGGAUCCAUCACUCGAUGCGCACGAUUGGUGCAGCGGAGACAGCGCUAGAAUGGAUGAUUUCACACGCAAACGAUGAAAGAAAGAAGACAUUCGGACGGUCACUAUCCUCACAUGGGACGAUUCGGGAAUGGAUUGCCAAGUCGCGCAUCGAGAUCGACACAGCCAGAAUGACUGUCCUGAACGCCGCUAUCAGAAUCGACCAAGAAGGUGCCAAAGCCGCACUUAGAGAAAUUGCCGCUGCCAAGGUUCUUGUGCCUCGCACGGCCCUUCGCGUCAUUGAUCGUGCUAUUCAAAUCUGGGGUGCUGCCGGGGUUUGCCAGGAUACACCUCUGCCAGGCCUUUGGGAUUCCGCUCGGACGAUGCGGAUUGUCGAUGGCCCGGAUGAGGUACAUUUGCAGCAGUUGGGCCGUAGAGAGAUUCAGCGCCUGGGUAAAGGUGUACAGGAAAAACUCGAGCGCCAAAAGAGGGAGGCCGACAGGCUGCUGUCUUCUUAUGAGGGAAGUUUGGCAGCGGCGACUCUCCGCGGAUACAAUAAGGCAAACCUGUAA